AUGAAUUAAAGAAAAUAAUCAAUGAGUAAAUCAUCAAAAUCAUAAGAUGUACAGGAUGCAGGUUAAUUAUAAAUAAAUAAACUAAACAAAAUGCUUGCCUUUACUGGAACUCAUUUAUUAAACUUUUAUCAAAAAGUAAGAGUAAUGAUACUUAGAGAAAAAGUCAGAGAUAAAUUAAAACUAUCCUUUCAAUACAAAGAGAUGAUUGGAGAUACUUAUAGUUUACAAAUGGCUAUAGAAUUAUUCUUAAAAAGUGAAAAGAGAAACUAAAACCUAAAAGAGUAAGUGUAAAUGUUAGUUAAUUCUAAAUUAGGAUUCUAUUUAUAAUUAUAAUAAGUAAAACAUAUAAGAUCAGUCUAACUCUUUCAAGUAUCUAAAUAAUUAAGUAAGAAAAUAGAAAUCUUAGAAAAUAAACUAAUCAAAUUAUAUAAAUAUUUUCCAAGUCAAAGGAUUUAAUCAUUAUAUACUUAUUUUUAAGGAGAACUUUUAGAUAAUUAUUUAUAUGCUCAUAAAAUAACUUGUAAUUCAUCUAUAUCUGAUGAAAAGUUAAUAAAUGUACAUAGCAAUACAGACUAAAAACAUGCAUUCUUUAAUAAAGAUUUAAUAUAUUUAAAUGUUAAAUUAUUUGAAGAUACUUAAGAACUAUAAAUAUAGAAUAUAACUCCAUAAAUUUGCACAUUUUUUUAAAGAAAUUAUGAUGAUUUAAAGGCAAAUAGUAAUAUAGAUUAUUUAUUACCAGAUGGGAUUAUUAAUGAACAUUAAUUAUUAGUGUAAAGAUUUCUGCAAUCUUCUUAGUCUAGAUUUUAUUUAAGCAAAAAUCUAAGUUUUUUUAAACUUCAUUCAAUAAUCAUAAAACCAUUUGAAUUCUUUUUUGAAGUUAAUUUUAGUGAUAUUACAUAAAUAUAAUUUUUAGCAUUUUUAAAUGAAAGUUUUUAAACUUCAGCUUAUAUAUUUGUUGAUGUAAAUUAAUAAGUAGGUGGUAUUACUUAAAAUUUAUUGGAUAAAUUAGGAUUUUCAAAUUAUUAUAUUGAAAAUAUCAAAUCUAAAUUGUUAUUUAAUACACCAAUAGAAUUAUUGAUUCCAAGAUUCUUAUAAUUAACUACAUAAAAAGAUAUCUUAAAUCUUACAGAUUUCUAAUUUUUAAAACAAUCUAUUUUGAUAAAUCCAUUGAUAAAUGAUGAUGAUAGGAUAAGAACUACAAAAUAAGACUUUUCUGAAUGGUAAUUAGAAGAGAAUUUGAUACAUUGUGAAUGUCUAAUAUCAAUUCAUAUUAGAGAUCUUUAUGGAUAUUAAUAUUAUAUAGUAGAGAUAAAAGAAUUAAAGAUUAAUGAUUCUUACUUUGAAAACGAAUUAGAGAAUAUUUCAUUAGAUUAAGCAUUUACUCCUGUAUCAGAUUAAGAAGGAUUAGCUAAUCCACCUGGGAUUUUGAAAAUAGAAAAAGAGAAGUUUGAACCUUUGAGAAGGAAUGAUCAUUAAUUUGAAAUUAAUUUAAUUUUAGAUAAAAGCUAAUAGUUUUAUCAUCCAGAUUAAUAAAAGUAUGAGGUUAAUUUAAUGAGUCCUGUUGAUUUAAGUGCUAAUCCAACUCCAUUGAAUUCUGCAAAUCCUCUAUUGAAAUAAUAAGAAUUUUAUAGUUAAAUAGGAUAAAAUCCUGAAGGUAUUUCAUAUUCAUCUAAAAAUCAAUUUGGUAAAGCAGUAGAUAUGGAUGAUUUAGAAUAAGUUAAGAAACCUUAAUUUGAAAAUAAAGGUGAGGAUACUAAUUCUUCUUAAGUUGGAUGGGCAAAAUAAUCAUAAUUUUAUAAAAAAUAUGAAAUGAUUUAAUAAAUUUUGAAAUCUCAUAAUCCAAAGUAACUAAAAAUAUUUACUAUAUUAUUAGUAGUAUAUUUUAUAAUUAGUUGUAUUCAUUAUAUAAUAAUAAUCACUAAAAAUUAGGAUGAUCUAAAUUAAUUUAUAUCUGAAAUAGAUAUGAUAGAAUUACAUAGUAGUUUCAUGGCACCUCAUGAUAUAUUUGUUGCUAUGAGAAUAGCAAUAGUUUCAUAUACUUCAUAUAUUUAAGAUGGUGCACUUACAGUCACUUAAGCUAAUGCUUUAAUGAAACCAUUUUAUGAUAAUAUUUAAAUUGGAUUUACUGAAAUAAAAGAAGUAUUUAUAAAAUAAUUAAAUAAUUAAAAUUUAUAACCAUUUUUUGAAAAUAAAACAAUUGGUAUGAUAUUUAUGGGUGCAAAUACAAGUGAUGUUUAUAAUGUUACAUUAAAUAUUAGAGAAGCAUUACAAUAAAUCAUAUAAAAUUUACAUUAAUAUAAAUAUAGAUAUGAAAAUAGAAUGAGUACAUCAGGUAGUUCAAUUUAAGUAUUUGGAGUAGCAAAUUAAUUCUAUCUUCAUUAUUGGUUAGAGGAAUUAACCUUAGAAAUUAUGGAUUAUUCAACAAAUAGAAGUAUGACAAUAGAAUCUGAUUGGACUACAAUUUGGGCUAUAUUUGUUGUGAUUACUCUAAUAAUUACAUUACUUAUAAUUUAUUAUUAUAGAUUAUUCAAUAAAAGAUAAGAUAUGUAUUUAGGAGUGUUUAAGUUUUGUAAUUUAAGUAGAUUACAAUAUGAAAUAGAUAGAUAUAAAUUAAUUUAAAAAUAAUUAUUAAAGAAUCCUGAUCUAGUAUUCUUAUAUAAAUUUGAUUUAUCAUAAAAGGAAUAAUAACUUUUAAUCCAAUAAAAAAUAUAAGAUUAACUUUAUAGAAAGAAUAAAGAUUAAUAACGAAAUACUUAAUUAUAAUAUGAAUCUUUAUCAAUAAUAAUUAGUAUAUCAUUAAUAUUAGGAAUUUGGAUAAUAUUUUUAGGAUUGAGUAUAAUAAUAUUUUAAGGAGAAUUGAGUUUCUUAAAGAAAUAUCCUGAUACAGUUGAUAUUUAUAAAUUAAUAUAAGAUAUGACUUAUUCUUCAGCCACCUUAUAUUAAAAUAGAGAUUUCCAUUUUAUAUUUCCCAAUUUUACUUAUAUGACUGAAUUUGAUGAUAAAUAAUUAUUUUCAUUAAUUGAUUAAGGAAUUGAAAAUAUUUUAAAGUUUAAUUUAUUGACAUAAAGAUUUGAUUCAUCUAAAUAUUAAGUAAAUAAUGAUUUUGUCUUAUUUUUUAAUUAAGUAUAAAAAUAAUCAGUUUGUGAUAUAUUGAGUUAAGAAUAAUUAGGAUUUUUAGUAGAUUUUUGUCCUAUUUCAAUAUAAGGAAAUUAUUUAAAAGGAGUAAUGGCAGCAUUGAAUUUUAUGAAAAAUUAGAUUUAAACUUAAAUUGUUGCCAAUAGAUUUAGCAAAAGAUUAGAAUAUCCUAUUUAUGAUAAUGAAGCUGGUAUUAUAAUGGUUAGAGUAUUUUAAAUGAUGACUUAAAAAUUAAAAACAAGUAUGUUAGGUGUUACAAAUGAUUUGCAAACUGUCUCAAUUGUAAAAUAUCUUAAUAUAUAUUAGGUGCUUUCUUCAAUUUAUUUAAUAUUUGCGAUAUUAUCUAUAUCAGUAAUAUUUCUAGGAUUGAAAAAAUAUCUAGAAACAGAAUUUAAUACAAUUAAAAGAUUCAUACAAUUAAUACCAUCUUCCAUAACCAUGUUAGAUGAUUAAUUUGAAAGAUACAUUAGAGCAUUAUUAGUUGAAGAAAUUUCGUGA